CGCCACCUCACCCUCCACAUUCACCCCACACACACUCACCCCACACACACACGCACGCACACACUCACACCCCAAACACACACACCCCGGCGUCUCUACGAAGGUGGGUCCUCUUCCCCCGCCGUCCCUUCCCCACUUCCGGCGGAAGCGGCCUCAACAAGGGAAACUUUAUUGUUCCGCGGCAGCGCCGGCGACGAUGUCGGUGAAUUACGCCGCCGGGCUGUCACCGUACGCGGACAAGGGCAAGUGUGGGCUGCCCGAGGUCUUCGACCCGCCCGAGGAGCUGGAGCACAAGGUGUGGGAGCUGGCGCGGCUCAUGUGGCAGUCCUCCAGGGUGGUCUUCCACACGGGCGCCGGCAUCAGCACGGCCUGCGGCAUCCCCGACUUCAGGGACAAGCUGGCGGAGCUCCACGGAAACAUGUUUGUAGAGGAAUGUCCCAAGUGUAAGACGCAGUACGUGAGAGACACGGUCGUGGGCACCAUGGGCCUCAAGGCCACGGGCCGGCUCUGCACGGUGGCCAAGGCCAGGGGACUCCGGGCCUGUAGGGGGGAGCUGAGGGACACCAUUCUGGACUGGGAGGACGCCCUGCCUGAGCGGGACCUGACGCUCGCUGACGAGGCCAGCAGGACCGCAGACCUGUCAGUCACCCUGGGCACCUCGCUGCAGAUCCGUCCCAGCGGGAACCUGCCCCUUGCCACUAAGCGCCGGGGAGGCCGUCUGGUCAUUGUCAACCUGCAGCCCACAAAACACGACCGCCAGGCUGACCUGCGCAUCCACGGCUAUGUGGACGAGGUGAUGAGCAGGCUCAUGAAGCAUCUGGGGCUGGAGAUCCCCACCUGGGAAGGACCCCGCGUGCUGGACAAGGCCCUGCCACCCCUGCCGCGCCCAGCUGCACCCAAGGCUGAGCCCCCUGUGCAUUUCAAUGGCUCGGUGCACGCUCCAUGUAAGCCAGAGCCCGACAGCCCUGUACCCCACAGGCCCCCCAAAAGAGUGAAGACCGAGGCUGUCCCCAGCUGACCCGAGUGUGUGGGGCGGGAGGGGUACUUGUAGGAACCACACAUGUUGGGAGUUUUUGUUUUGUUUUUUAUGUGCUGUGCACUGAGCCCAGACUUGCACAUGCCAUGCCCCGCCUUUUUCAAAUUUUUCUUUGAGACCUGGGCUCCCUAAAUCGGUCAGGCUGGCCUUGAACUUGCUGCUGUAGCCCAGGCUGGCCUGGAGCUAGCGCCCUGCCCACCCUCAGCCUCCACAGUAGCAGGGAUGGCAUGCGGACGCCACCGGGCCCAGCACAGCCCUUCCGAGUCUCACUGUGCCCCUUGUCCGGGACCCUCCGUGGAGUCUCACGGAGUCCCACGGCGGGUGGAAGAGGCUGUGUCCCAGGGCUGGGGAUUCGCGUGCCUCUCCACCCGCCACACCCCGCUUGUGACUCAGGAUGUGCCCGAGGGGCAGCCACACACUCCACCCCCACCCCCUUGACCCAGAGCCACCGGGGAUGUCUGUGCAUUGGAGGGACCCGGGACCCAUCCGCGCUGGGGCCCCCGGCUUCCAGGAGCCCCCACUGCAAUAAACACAGAAUUCCUUUCAUUUCUUUUAAAUUUUA